UAAUUCUUUUAACGUCUCUCUCCUGUAUAUAUACAAGCAUUCACUAGGUUAUAACUACUAGUAACUCUAGAGUGCAUGCCGCCAUUUUCUAUCUCUCUUCCAAUCAUGGUGAACAAGAGAUGCAACUUGUUAUCGAGGAUAGUGGCUAUUUUUCUACUUAGCUUUACUUCAGUAUUUAGAUCCUUUUUAGCAAUCAAGGAGGAAAGACUAGAGACAUAUAUCGUCUUUGUAGAAAAAUCUGAAGAUCAAGUAUCCUUGCAAUCUAAAGAUUUGGAUAGAUGGUAUCAGUCUUUUUUGACAGUUUCUACUGCCAGCUCAAUCAAGCCUCGCAUGUUACAUUCUUACCGCAAUGUGGUCACUGGGUUUGCUGCAAAAAUGACGGCACACCAAGCAAAUUCCAUGGAAGAGAAAAAGGGCUUUGUUUCAGCCCGUCUGGCGAAGGUGUUGCCUCUGCAUACUACUCAUACUCCAAGUUUUUUGGGUCUGCAACAGAAUGUAGGGUUUUGGAAUAAUUCCAGUUACGGGAAAGGAGUAAUCAUCGGAAUUCUUGACACUGGAAUUACACCUGACCAUCCUUCAUUUAAUGACGAAGGUAUGCCUUCCCCCCCUGAAAAAUGGAAAGGGAAAUGUGAAUUCAAUAAUAAGACGGUAUGCAAUAACAAGCUCAUUGGUGCAAGAAAUCUCGUAUCUGCUGGCAGCCCUCCAGUGGAUGAUAUGGGGCAUGGGACUCACACAGCUAGUACAGCAGCUGGAAGUCCUCUACAAGGUGCUAAUUAUUUCGGGCAGGUUAAUGGAACUGCGAGUGGCAUUGCACCAUUAGCCCAUUUGGCAUUGUACAGAGUCUGUGACGAAUCAGGUUGCGGUGAGUCUGAGAUAUUGGCGGCAAUGGAUGCUGGGGUUGAAGAUGGUGUUGAUGUAAUUUCACUUUCGCUUGGCGGUCCUUCGCUUCCUUUCUAUAGUGAUGUUAUUGCAAUAGGUGCAUAUGGGGCUAUUAACAAAGGUAUUUUUGUGAGUUGCGCAGCUGGGAAUUCUGGUCCAAAUGAAGAAUCUUUAUCAAAUGAGGCACCUUGGAUUCUAACAGUAGGAGCAAGCACUAUAGAUAGAGCAAUAAGAGCAACAGUAUUACUUGGAAAUAACACAAAGCUACGUGGUGAAUCCCUUUUCCAGCCUAAAGAUUUCCCUUCAAAACUAUUACCACUUGUGUAUCCAGGUGGUGGCGCAUCAAAGUGCAAGGCAGGAUCAUUGAAGAAUGUUGAUGUCAAAGGGAAGAUAGUUUUGUGUAACAGAGGAGGUGAUGUAGGGGUAAUUGAUAAAGGACAAGAAGUGAAGGAUAAUGGUGGUGCUGCCAUGAUUCUAGUGAAUGAUGAGUAUAGUGGCUAUGAUAUUUCAGCUGAUCUUCAUGUGCUGCCCGCAUCGCAUGUUGACUAUGUAGAUGGAUUAACCAUUAAAUCCUAUCUACACUCUACUUCAUCACCGGUUGCUACAAUCCUAUUUGAAGGAACUGUAACAGGUGUGGCAGAUGCUCCUCAAGUUGCUACCUUUUCCUCGAGAGGGCCUAGCCAGGCAAGUCCUGGGAUCCUAAAGCCAGACAUUAUAGGCCCUGGUGUUAAUAUUCUAGCUGCAUGGCCAGAGUCAACCGACAAUUCUGUCAACAGGUUUAAUAUGAUCUCAGGCACCUCAAUGUCUUGCCCUCAUCUCAGUGGUAUUGCUGCUUUGAUCAAAAGCGCUCAUCCCGACUGGUCACCAGCUGCUAUAAAAUCCGCCAUCAUGACUACUGCUAGUUUAUCCAGCCUUUCAGGCAAUCCUAUUUCUGAUCAACAAUUUGUUACGUCAACUGUCUUUGAUAUCGGUGCAGGCCAUGUGAAUCCAACAGAAGCAAAUAAUCCAGGGCUUGUAUACGAUAUCCUGCCUGAGGAUUACAUUCCGUACUUGCGUGGUCUAGGCUAUUCUGACAAACAGGUAGGGCUUAUCGUGCAGCAUACUAUGGGGUCCUCAAAUAGUUCAUUCAGAACUAUACCAGAAGCUCAGCUGAAUUAUCCUUCAUUUUCAGUUAAACUAGGAUCCGAUCCACAGACAUACACAAGAACUGUCACAAAUGUUGGCGUGCCGGGCACAAGUUUCACCUAUGAGAUUAUCCAACCACAAGGUGUAGAUGUUGCAGUAACGCCUGAUAAGCUUGUCUUCAAUGCAGUGAACCAGAAAGCAGCAUAUUCGGUCACAUUUACCAAAAAGGAGGAUGGCACUGGAACUUUCGCUCAAGGAUAUCUUACUUGGAAGACAGACCUAUAUACUGUUAGAAGCCCAAUUGCUGUCUUUUUUGCUAAGGAUUAGAGAAAUGCCUAGGUUGUUAGAGACUUAGAGAUCGGAAGUGAUCCGUGUAGAGCUGAAUGUUAUGGCUAUCAGGUGUAGAGUGUUUGAUUUAAUAACUGCAAUUGAUUGAUCAUAACAAUCUGACUCAUUAUGUAAAUGGUUUAACUUGGAGAAUUUAUUUAAUCAAUGAUCUUAGGCAACAUA